GUGCGUGGAGCGCAGUCCGGGCGCGCGCGUAGGGGCCGCUGCGCAGGGGCUGCGAGGGCAGGAUGGUGUGCGCUGGAGCGGCCCUCUGUCCUGGCCAGCUCUUGGUGGUGGCAUGGGGAGUCCUGCUGCUCACCGCACCCGCUGGGGCUCAGCGCAGCCGGAAGAAGGUUGUGCACGUGCUGGAGGGUGAGUCAGGCUCAGUGGUGGUGCAGACAGCUCCUGGGCAGGUGGUAAGCCACCGGGGUGGCACCAUCGUCUUGCCCUGCCGUUACCACUACGAGGCAGCUGCCCACAGCCAUGAUGGUGUCCGGCUUAAGUGGACAAAGGUGGUGGACCCCCUGGCCUUCAACGACGUCUUCGUGGCACUGGGCCCCCAGCACCGGGCAUUUGGCAGCUACCGCGGGCGGGCUGAGCUGCAGGGAGAUGGGCCUGGGGAUGCCUCCCUGGUCCUCCGCAAUGUCACACUGCAGGACUACGGGCGCUACGAGUGCGAGGUCACCAACGAGUUGGAAGAUGAUGCUGGCAUGGUCAAGCUGGACCUAGAAGGCGUGGUCUUUCCCUACCACCCCCGAGGAGGCCGCUACAAGCUGACUUUGGCAGAUGCGCAACGCGCUUGCGCCGAACAGGACGGUAUCCUGGCAUCUGCGGAGCAGCUGCACGCCGCCUGGCGCGACGGCCUGGACUGGUGCAACGCGGGCUGGCUGCGCGACGGCUCCGUGCAGUACCCAGUUAGCCAGCCCCGGGAGCCCUGCGGCGGCCUGGGCGACGCCAGGCACUCGGGAACGAGCGGAGGCAACAACGGGGGCGUGCGCAACUACGGGUAUCGCCAUAACGCUGAGGAACGCUAUGACGCCUUCUGUUUCACGUCCAACCUCCCGGGCCGCGUGUUCUUCCUGAAGCCGCUGCGGCCUGUGCCCUUCGCAGAAGCGACGCGCGUGUGCGCCGCUCGCGGGGCAUCAGUGGCCAAGGUGGGGCAGCUGUUCGCCGCGUGGAAGCUGCAGCUGCUAGACCGCUGCACCGCGGGCUGGUUGGCCGACGGCAGCGCGCGCUACCCCAUCGUGAACCCUCGCGCGCGCUGUGGGGGCCGCCGGCCAGGCGUACGCAGCCUCGGCUUCCCAGACGCCUCCCGACGUCUCUUUGGUGUCUACUGCUAUCGCGCUCCAGGCGCCCAGGAUCCCGCACCUGGUGGCUGGGGCUGGGGCUGGGCCGGUGGUGGCGGGUGGGCAGGGGGCGCUCGAGAUCCUGCUGCCUGGACCCCGCUGCGCGUCUAG